GCCGCCGCCAGCACCGCGCACCAUGUGGUGGGACGAGCGGGUGUCGGCGCGGUUCCGGAGGAACCUGCAGCCCACCCUCACCUACUGGAGCGUCUUCUUCAGCUUCGGCCUCUGCAUCGCCUUCCUGGGGCCCACGCUGCUGGACCUGCGCUGCCAGACCCAGAGCUCGCUCUCGCAGAUCACCUGGGUCUUCUUCUCGCAGCAGUUCUGCCUCCUGCUCGGCAGCUGCCUCGGAGGGGUCUUCAAGAGGACGCUGGCCCAGUCCCUGCUGGCCCUGUUCGCCUCGUCCCUGGCCAUCUCGCUGGUGUUUGCCAUCAUCCCGCUGUGCCACAACGUGGUGGUGCUGGCCGUGGUCAUGGCCGUGGCCGGGCUGGCCAUGGGCUGCAUCGACACCAUCUCCAACAUGCAGCUGGUCAAGAUCUACCAGAAGGACUCUGCCAUCUUCCUGCAGGCCCUGCACUUCUUCGUGGGCUUUGGGGCUCUGCUGAGCCCCUUGAUCGCCGACCCCUUCCUGUCGGACACCAACUGCAUCCUGUCCAACGGCACGGCCAACGCCUCCAGCAACCUCCCGCACAUCCGCAAGUCCCUGCUGCCGCACCACCCGGGCAACCUGUCCCACUUCGACCUGCCCAUGAAGGGCCUGGUGGUGACACGGGUGUCCUACGCCUUCUGGAUCAUGGCCCUCAUCAACCUGCCCGUGCCCAUCGCUGUGUUCUUCCUGCUCUACAAGGAGAGGAUGGUGCCCUGCUUCAACGGCAGCAGCCACCCGCUGCUGUCCGCUGACGAGCUGGCCCUGGAGACACGGCCUGGGGACAAGGACGAGCUCUCCACCGCUGCCCAGAGACCCCACACAGCUGCAGCUCACGAGGAUUUGUUCAGCUGCUGCCAAAGCAAAAACUUCCGAGGGGCUUCCUUCACCUAUUUCGCCGUGCACAUCACCGGGGCCCUGGUUCUCUUCAUGACUGACGGGAUCGUGGGAGAGUACUCGGGCUUCGUGUACAGCUACGCCGUGGAGGAGCCGCUGGCCGUGGUGCACAAGGUGGCCGGGUACCUGCCCAGCCUCUUCUGGGGCUUCAUCACCCUGGGCAGGCUCAUCUCCAUCCCCGUGUCCUACAGGAUGAAGCCAGCCACCAUGGUCUUCAUCAAUGUGGUCGGGGUCCUCAUCACCUUCCUGCUGCUCCUGAUUUUCUCCUCCAGCGUGGUUUUCCUGUUCGUGGGCACAGCAUCCCUGGGGCUGUUCCUCAGCAGCACCUUCCCCAGCAUGCUGGCCUACACCGAGGACAUCCUGCAGUACAAAGGCUGUGCCACAACCGUGCUGGUGACUGGAGCUGGCAUUGGAGAGAUGGUGCUGCAGCUGCUGGUGGGCUCGAUUAUCCAUGAUCGGGGCAGCUACAGUUUCCUGGUGUGUGGGAUGAUCUUUGGAUGCUUGGCCUUCACCUUCUACGCCCUGCUGGUGUUUUUCCACAGGAUGUACCCCAAGCCCUCCCCAGAGCUGGACGAGGCCUCCCCUGACAAAGCAGCAGUGCCCGAGGACACGGGGCAGUACCAGCGCUGAGGGAGGGCCCAGCUCUGCACAAGCAAUAAACCCACCCCUAAUUAAGCAUUAACUCCCAAGGGUGAUUUCACAUUUAACGAACUGAAUCAUGCGAGUUCUCUGCAAUCAAAAGCACAGCAGGUGGGGUAAGGCAGAAUCGAGGAAAUCAAGCCCAAAACGUCAAGCUGAGCACGGGGUUGUGCCAAAAAAUCCUGGGAAGUGCCAGGACUAAAAGCAGGGAUGUUUGCACAGCAGUUCCUCCUACAAAUGAACUUUAUUUUUUACCUGCUCAGGACAGAGGGUGGGAAGGAAAAGCUGCUCUCUGCUCCUCAUCCAAGACUGAAUGUCUCCUGGCUUGGUCACUGCAUUGAAUAGAUUUUAUUUCUGGCCUGUGCUGCACAGGACCCCCCUUGAACUUACAGCACAAAUCUGGGUUUUAAUUCAUUUUUGUGACUCGAGUCAGUGUCGCCUCCCUUGAUCCUUCCAAAGGGGGGGAAAUUCCAGAGUGGCAGAGCCCCUCCAGGUGCACACAGGUAGCAGGGCCUGUCUUUAUUUGCACACUUUAUUUCUGUAUAUUCCACACUCUAAACAGUGUCUUACUCAGCAUGCUCAGGCCUCUUAAAUGAUUUAAGUAAUCAUUUACUUUUCUAUUUUUUUUUUCAGGGCAGGGGGGUGGUUUCUCUUAUUUUUUUUUUAAGUCAAGAAUGAGCUGUGCU